AUGAACCUAUUGUUUCCUCUUCCUAAGAGACUCCAAUCCCAGAUUCAUCCAAGCUUGGCAUAUCUUCAUUUUAUUGAAGCACUGUCUGAUUUUACUGUAGAAAAAGUAAAUACGAUAGAUACAUUAGAAACAUAUCGAAAAAUUCGGAAGGGACCCUUUAUUUCAGCAAGUGAGUUUUCAAACGCUAUUGGCCACGCUGUUGCGCUAGCAGAAAAUACGAAUGAUUUGAUCGCAUUUAUUGCUAAUUUUGAUCUCUCCGAAAGAAUUAAACUUAAACAUAAACAAAACACAUACAACAUCAAGACAUUUUAUACACACAAUGAUGCUGACUAUACAGAUUAUCUCUUUUAUACUGGAAGGAAUAGUCAUUUUUAA